CUUGAGUUGAAGUUAGAAGUAUGCAAAUAUGCACAACCAUGCCUGGCUAUGUUUAGCAAGUGUAUCUUAAAAAUUUUUUUUCCAGCUUAAUGCUUUUCUCUCCUCUCUGCUCUAGGACUCCAUUGGCAUUCACUGGUUUUGCUGCACCUUUGUGAAGCUCAGUUCAGCCUGUUUGUUUCCUGAUGCUCAGGAUUUGAGACCCUGAAGGAGUGACACUGCUGAUCUCAGGCAUCUUCUUCCACUAAACUAUGGCAACCCCAGAUGUGAGCGUCCACAUGGAGGAGGUGGUGGUUGUGACAACUCCAGACACUGCGGUUGAUGGCAGUGGUGUGGAGGAAGUGAAGACAGUGCUUGUAACAACAAAUCUAGCCCCUCAUGGGGGUGACUUGACGGAAGAUAACAUGGAAACAGAAAAUGCAGCAGCUGCAGCUGCUGCAGCCUUUACAGCCUCCUCACAGCUCAAGGAAGCCGUGUUAGUGAAGAUGGCUGAAGAGGGGGAGAACUUAGAGGCUGAAAUUGUGUACCCCAUCACUUGCGGAGACAGCAGAGCUAACCUCAUUUGGAGGAAGUUUGUGUGCCCUGGCAUCAAUGUGAAAUGUGUUCAGUAUGAUGAACAUGUGAUCAGCCCAAAGGAGUUUGUGCACCUGGCAGGGAAAUCAACCUUGAAGGAUUGGAAGAGAGCUAUCCGGAUGAAUGGCAUCAUGCUCAGGAAGAUCAUGGACUCUGGGGAGCUAGACUUCUACCAGCAUGACAAGGUCUGCUCGAAUACCUGUCGCAGCACAAAAAUUGACCUCUCAGGGGCCCGUGUGUCCCUGAGCAGCCCCACAUCCACCGAGUACAUCCCACUCACACCAGCUGCAGCUGAUGUGAAUGGUUCACCUGCUACCAUCACCAUAGAGACCUGUGAGGACCCUGGUGACUGGACCACAGCCAUUGGAGAUGACACAUUUGCAUUCUGGCGGGGACUGAAGGAUGCGGGCUUACUGGAUGAGGUCAUACAGGAAUUCCAACAGGAGCUGGAGGAAACCAUGAAAGGUCUGCAGCAGCGAGUGCAGGACCCACCCCUGCAGCUCCGAGAUGCUGUCCUGCUCAACAACAUUGUGCAAAACUUUGGCAUGCUGGAUCUGGUGAAGAAGGUGCUGGCCAGCCAUAAGUGCCAGAUGGACCGCUCUCGAGAACAGUAUGCCCGGGACCUGGCAGCCCUGGAACAACAGUGUGAUGAGCACCGUCGCCGUGCCAAGGAGCUGAAGCACAAGUCCCAGCACCUCAGCAAUGUGCUCAUGACGUUGACACCAGUCUCCCUGCCAUCCCCUAUGAAGCGGCCCCGUCUUGCACGAGCUACAUCUGGACCAGCUGCUAUGGCUUCCCAGGUGCUUACACAGUCUGCACAGAUUGCCCUUGGCCCAGGAAUGCCUGUGUCCCAGCUGACCAGUAUGCCACUUAGCAAAGUGGUAUCUACACUGCCUUCCACUGUCCUGGGUAAGGGUUCUCCUCAAGCUGCCCCAGCCAGUUCACCAGCCUCCCCGCUGCUUGGGGGAUACACAGUCCUGGCCUCCUCUGGCUCUACCUUCCCCAGCACGGUAGAGAUCCAUCCGGACACAUCCAGCCUCACAGUUUUGAGCACAGCUGCCAUGCAGGAUGGCAGUACAGUACUAAAGGUGGUCAGUCCACUGCAGCUGCUUACUCUGCCUGGUCUGGGACCCACCCUGCAGAAUGUGGCCCAGGCAUCACCUGCGGGCAGCACCAUCAUGACAGUACCCACAGCAGCUGCUUCUGGACCUGAGGAACACACAGCCACUAUUGAGGUGGCUGCCGUAGCAGAUGACCAUGAGCAGAAGUAGCUGGCAGGGAGGGUAAGAUCCUUCCAAGUUGGGCUGGCUGCCUCUCCUCAGGCCACUGCAGGCAGAGGCCAUUACAGACACAGGCCGCAGGGCUGGCUCAGCACAGGCAGGUCUGAUGGGCUGAACCAAAGAGAGGAUUGCCGGAUGAAUCAAGAGAAGAAAAAAGGGGCAGAAUGAUGCCAGCAACCUGGAACAUCAGUCUUCAACUUCUAAACUUCCUCCCCUUUUUUCGUGGGAAAUACUCUUUUCCAUCUGUUGCUUAUUAAUCCUGUUUACACAUUGGGCCUUGAGCAGGAACCAGGGGUCAGUGACGAGGAGGAGGCCUGGGUGCUUCUGGUACAGCUUGCAGAGCCAGCACCAGAGCCCAGCUGAUCACACGUCCUAGUGCCUGCACCCCAAUGGGGCUGAGCUUUCUGGGACAUUAUUGACACAUGUCUUGGGCAGCAUGCCUGAGUGUGGAAGCCAUAGAUCCUAUGGAUUUGGUCUCUUCCCACAGUUCUCUGUAGGUUCAGUAUGGCCAGUGUCCAUGUUCCUUCACUGUGGGAACAUGCCCUGGGGCUGAGUGCAGACCCCAGUCAGGACCCCUCCCACCACAAAGGCACUCAGGUGGUGAAGGGGUCUCAUGGACCUGGUGUGUUCUAGACCCCUUUGCACAUGGGCUGCAGGUGUUAAUUGCUUAGUAGGCUUCUAGGAAAAAUUAAUAGUGUUUUCAACCAAAACAAUGCUGAGUGCCUAGACUCCUGAGUCAGUUCUGGGAGGGACCCAGAGCACCUAUACAUACACCUAGCCAGGUGCUAGAGGUCUUAGGUAGUGUCUUUCCCUGAGACAAAGCUCUGGAGGAUUUGUAUGGGGGUAUGCCUGUGACUUGGGGUAGCUCAAAUGACUCCUAUGUGCAACCUGCUCUUAUAGCCCCCUAUAGUAGCCCCCCUAAAUUUUCCCUGGAGAUAGAGCAGGGCCUCUCUGUUCAAUACUCAUUGUCUCUAUCCUGAGAGCCCUAGGCUAUGUGAGAAGGCUGUUUAGAGUUGGUGGAUCAGACAGCUGGGAGAUAGGAUCCAAAAUAUUCCAUGGAAGGCUGUCUGCAGGCAGUUUUUACAGGUCUGGUUGGGCCCAUGCAAGGGGCUGUCCUCUAGGCCAGAGUCCUUGGAGUCAAACAAUUCAGGGAACAGAGUUUUGGCCUCUUGGUAAGGUAUGUCCUGGGAUAGUCCUAAGGUGCCUCUUGAACCUCCUGUUCUGUCAACUGAAGGCUUUGUCUUCAAGGGUCCCACAGCAGGAAGGGGCCACUGUCCCAUUUCUCUGCUUUGAAGGGAACUGGCUAACUUUUUGUCCAUCCACCCCACCUUGAGUGCCCAGAUGCUUUUACACCCUUGCUGUGACUGGGGCCUUGUCUGCCCCUGUCACCCCAUGUCAAGCUACUGAGGUUCUCACUCUUGUUUUUCUUCUGUUACAUCAUUGUUCACUGUGGUCAUGAAUCAGCUGGUUCUGGCAGAUGUUUACCUGUUUAUGUAUAUACUCCUUUUUUGAGAACUCUUUUCCCUUGAGUUACAAGUCCUGUUAUGUGCAGCUGUGUGACUCUAGGGACAUUGGGAGAACCAGCAGGGUGGGUACUACCCAGAAGUCCCUGCUCUACAAGCUCAGACUAGAUUAGUGUCACAAAUAAAAUCUUCCUACCUGGGGAACCAAGAGCCUUUCCUUGGCACAAGUCCCAGGUGCCAUCUGCUUUUUGGGAUGUGAGCCAGUUUCCUUUCUUCAUAAGAGCAAGGUUGAAACCUUUUUAGCCCUUGCCCCUUAGAGCAUGGAGGUACUGGAAGGUGAAGUUCAUUUCAGAGCCAUACAAAAAUAAUCCCCAAAUCAGCUUCAGAAUUAGUUCACACCACUCAUUCCCAGUGUCCCCAGAGGCUGUCCAUAGCCCACCCUCCAAGGCUGUUCCUGGCAGGCUAGGGAGGGUUCUGCAGGACAGAGAAGGCCCAAUAGUCCCAUCUGUGUGGAACCUGUAGCUCUGGGGGAGGAAGUGUGAUCAUUUGCCCCACCACUUGUUUGUACCCGCCUCUUGUGGUUCCUACUGACUCUUCUAUUGCUGUGUUCCCUGCCGAAUGGGCCAUUCAGAAUCCAGGAAGGAAGGUCUUCCCCUCUACAUGCAAACAUGGGUGCUUGUGGCUGCUUUCAGUUUGGUUUUCUGAGGAAAUAGGACAGGAUUUGGUUUUGCAGAGGGUGCAAGCUCCUUUCCAUGCCUGCCCAGGAGGCAUGCAAGGAAGGGCAAGUUUGAGUUCUUUGAGUUCUACUUUGUAUGUUGUUAAGUAAGUAUCUGCUUGGUACUUUGAUUUAAAAUAAAAAACACUUUUGUAA